CUCGGUAACAUCCAGUCAGAAGCCAUCGCGUACCAGCAGGAAUCCUAUCGAAGUCGACGGAAGGGAGUGCUAUAAUUACGUGUUAAACAGUUCUAGCAUAAUUAUACAUUUAAACCGUAAAACUAAGCGGUAUUUGUCGACGAAGCGAACGGAAGAGAAGACGGACUCUGACAGACAGACGUUAGAGGAGGAGAAGAAGAAGAAGAAGCCGUCCAACGCUCCGUUUUACUCGUUUUCCUCUUUAAUAUCUUCUCUUUAUCAGUUCCUGCCUGGCUUUCUCUCAAGUCUGUGCCCUUAUUUAGAUGGCAAGCUUCCCAGACCCUGUAAACGAAAAUGACAUAGGUAAGGCAAAGUUCAUCGGUGAACUGCUGGUGCCCGUUGCUCCCUUCGACCAGAAGUCUGGACGCGAGGCUUGGACGGUAGCCUUUGCACCCAAUGGUUCCUACUUCGCUUGGUCUCAGGGGCAUCGCAUUGUCAGGCUCAUUCCCUUGGCAAAAUGUCUGAAGGACUUUUCAAUGGGCAAAAGCGGGGAGGCCACCAAUGCCUUGAGCCCCCGGUGUUUGUCUCUUCAGAACAGCGCCGAAGGCCAGGUAAUCCCAGCGGCCGACGAGCCCCGCGAACACACCAUCGACUGCGGUGACAUCGUCUGGGGCUUGGCCUUCGGCUCCUCGGUGCCAGAGAAGCAGAGCCGCUGUGUUAACAUCGAGUGGCACCGCUUCAAGUUCGGUCAGGACCAGCUGCUACUGGCAACAGGCCUCAACAAUGGUCGCAUCAAGAUCUGGGAUGUUUACACUGGAAAACUGUUGCUGAAUCUGAUGGACCAUACUGAUAUAGUGCGAGACCUGACCUUUGCACCCGAUGGCAGUCUCAUGCUGGUCUCUGCAUCCAGAGAUAAGACCCUCCGUGUUUGGGACCUCAAAGAUGAUGGUAACAUGGUGAAGGUUUUGCGGGGGCAUCAGUACUGGGUGUACUGCAGCGCCUUCUCCCCUGACUCUUCCAUCCUGUGCUCAGUCGGCGCUGGCAAAGCAGUGUUCCUAUGGAACAUGGAUAAGUACACCUUGAUCCAGAAGCUGGAGGGGCACCACAAUGAUGUGGUGUCUUGUGAGUUUUCACCAGACGGGGCGCUGUUGGCCACCGCCUCUUAUGACACCCGGGUCAUCGUGUGGGACCACCACAAGGGCACCGUCCUGCUGGAACUUGGCCAUCUCUUCCCUCCUCCAUCACCCAUUUUUGCUGGAGGGGCAAAUGACCGCUGGGUUCGCUCUGUGAGCUUCUGCCCUGAUGGCCGCCACAUUGCCAGCAUUACUGAUGACAGGCUGGUUCGUUUCUGGAGCAUCGAGGAAAGAGCUCCUCAGGCCAUCGCCUCUCUCUCUAAUGGCCUCUGCUGUGCCUUCUCCGCUGAAGGAAGUGUCCUUGCUGCUGGGACUCGUGAUGGUAGUGUGCACUUCUGGGAGUGUCCUCGUAGCGUUCCCAGUCUGCAGCACAUGUGUAGGAUGUCCCUCCGCCGGGUGAUGACCACCCAGCAGGUGGAGUCCCUGACCAUCCCUACGCUGCUCUGUGACUACCUGACCUACAAAGUCAUCUAAUCACCCCCUACCCACCCACCCACCACCACAGCACCAACUGAAACAACUGUCCCUGCCGCAGCAGCAACAGCAUGCUGGAAAACCAAUGAAUUAUUUUCUGAAAAAAUAAACAGUUUUUCAUAGCACUUUGUUGAACAAACAAAAGCAAUCAGGAGAGGAGGAAAAAAGGUUACGUUUUCCUGAAACCCCAGAGCCAUGUCCUCGUUUCAAACCCCCCCCACCACCACAUCCACUCACAGAAGAAUAUUGUGUUGUUUUCUAAAUAUUUAUUUUUGCAAGUACUUAAGUCAAUAAUUGUGUUGGGGGCCAGUGCACCACCCAUGCCUGUAAGGGGCAAGUUAUUUCAGAGGCCUCCUAUCCCCCUCCAUCAUAUUGGUGAGGUGUACCUGUAAGUGUUCAGCUCCUCCUCUUCAGCUCCGGCUCUCCACCAGGUUCAGUAAACUCUUCCAACCUUGUGAUGAUCUUUGCACCGGUGUUUGCUCUUAAUGUCAGGAUUGCAAGUAGGUGAGCUAAAGGGAAGAGACAGGUGGGAUGUUUAACAGAUGCAGGGUUUUUUAAGGCCAAUACUCAGAUCUGUGAACUACUGAUAUUUGUGGACGUAUAGUAUCUUUACAGUGAUAAAUCAUCCAGGCAGAUAUUAGGUCAUUGCAGAUAUGUCGGUAUUGGCGUAUAUGUCGGCCGGUAAAUGACAAGACAUUGAAGUACAUAAAUGCCAAAGAUAUUUUUUUUUUAAACAGUAUCACCAUUUUGUCCACCAGACGGUAGUGAAUUCUAUUUCUCAAACUGCAAAAUCUUCUGCCCAUCACAUUUCUUGGAUUGCAAUUGUUACAAAAACAAAUUUAUGGGAACUGAUAUUUCAUUAUUGGAUCAUUUUUAAACUCUCAAAUAUCAAUAUUUGUAGUGGCCUCAAAAAUCCUGUAUCUAUUUGAUUGGUUUACCAGAGAAGUACCUUAGAACCCUGACUAAGGAUGUCUUCAUUCAUUUGGAUUUACUCUAUGACUGUGACAGCUUUACGGCUUUACAUCAUUGCAAAUAGUUUUUUGACCAGUAUUAGCACUAUGGUGUAAAGUUUUAUGAGUAGGUCACCAUUUUUUUUACCUUUUUUUUUUUUUCUAUGGCGUGCAUAAGCACCCAGCAGGGUGACAGAUUCCUGCUAAUGGCCUUCACACUGCUUCACUGAUUUUGAUUGUUGGUGGUGGUAAUAAUGCACCAAGAAACCCAGCAAUGUACCACCAAAGGCAGGGAAUAAGAUCGGUAGUGGAUGUAAAACAAUACAGGCUCCAACAUGUCUAAAAAUAACCUUUGCAAAGGAUUAAUGAGGAAGGAAUGCAUUCAACAGGUAUACACACACACACACUGUGUUGUGGUGACAAACACUGAAUGUAAACAUAACUUUGUUUACACGAAAACUUCAAAGGGUACCUUUUUGAAACCCUCCUUAAAUGGCCCCAAAAAUGCACUACCAAACUAUCAUGUCAUCAGAGCUUCAGUGAAAUUGAAAACCAACAAUUAGUCCAACCCUGACUUCCAACAUGAUGCAGGUGCAGCCCAAAAAAAUGUCUUGGACUGGCGACAUAAAUGUCAUCAAUAUACUUGAAUUAACUUCAGUGUGUGCCCCACCCCCCCCCCCCGCCCCAAAGCCUUUUGAGACCAGUGUUGUUGGAUGGUUUCACCCUAAAAAGCAAAGCACCUCUGCUGCUGUACACAGAGUUCAAUGUGAUAUGUAUGUGUGUAUAUAUAAAAUUGUAUCAUAUCUAUAAACAAGUUAAGUUUUUUUUCCACUUUUAUCAUUUAUAUCCAGUUCUUCUGUUGGAAUAUUUUUGUAUUUUUUCUUAUUUGUUCUCCUUUUAAAUGUGAAAAUGUCUACUAGUAACUACACGUCUUACUGCUAAAGCCCAGAAAGAAAAAAGUGUGUAUUACAUUUCUUUUACAGGUCAGGUUUUAGACUGCGGCAGUGGAAGUGUUACUUGCGCCCUUGUCGCCAAUAAUUCCAGCAAAACCCUGAAAGUAAUCAAAAGCUACCAACCAAUCAGCUGCCUGCCUCAGCCAUCUCGGUGUUAAAAGACCUUCAUGUUCACUCUUGAUAGAAAUAAAUGCUACAUGAUAAUCCGCAAUGACCCUUAAGAUGGAGCAUUCCUAGAAUCAUCCGUUUCUCGGUCAUUUUUCAGUUUGUGUGUCAGUGGAUGUGAGAUGUGAAGAAGGGAAAGUGAGCUUUUUAAUGUCGUCCUGUUUGUGUUUCUGUAGUGAGGUGGGGUGCAGAACAGCUGCCAGCCGUUCUUGGAAACAAGUUCUCUGACAGUGCUAAUGCCAAAGGAUUCUCCUUUUCAGAUCGCUUAUGAACUCUUUAAGUUUUCUGCUAAGAUGUGUAGAGGGUGUCUCAUGAAUGGGUUGCAGUGCUUAGUUCUCUAUACAGAACCUUAACAGGGGGUUUGCAUUACAUGAUGUAACCAUUGUGAUUGGAAAAACACAGUCCUGCCUCAGUGAGAUGCAGUAUGAAGUGGCAAAUAUAUCAAAUAUAUAUAUGAAUGUAUAAAGAUUUCUUUUCUUGUAUUUUUCUUGUUGUUUUUUAGUUCCAAUAAAGGCUUUUUGACAAAAA